UGCACACUAAGGAACCCAUACAAAGUAUAAUAUGGUGACUUGGAUCAUGGAGUUUUUAAUUUUUCUGGGGAGAGAACAAUACAAAGUUAUUCUGUGGACCAUACAGCGUGGAGACUACUGGCUACCCUGCACUGUACAAAGGGGUGUAAAAGCUUGUGUUUGAGUGUGUUUAUGUGCGUAUGCCCACAGAGGUACAGUGGUGGUGAGAGGGGAAGACAUUUCCAGACCAUUCUUUCUCUACAAUGAGAGUUCCAGCCGGUGUGGCUGCAGUUUCCUGUCUUUACCCUCUGGUGGUCUUCCUGUGUGUUGUCUUCCAGAGCAGCUAUGGGACCGAGGCCAGCCCCAGUCCUAACCCUAAGCCAAGGCCCAAAUUACUACCUGAGCCCACCCUGCUCCCAAACUCCGACCCUAACCCUAACCCUAAACGUAUGCCCUUGCUUGAGCUCAGCCUGCGCUCGAGCUCCAACCCUAACCUCGGGCAUGAGUCUCAGCUCAAGCCUAGCCGCAAUUCCACGUCCCAUCUCACCGACAGCCCAAACACAAACUUCUCAUCACCUGUCUCCCAGCCAACAUCAAACUCUAACCCCGGGCUUAAGAUGCAAUCUGUCCCCAAACACAAUCCCAAUCUUAGGCAAGGGUCAUCAUCUAAAUCUAACUCUAAACAGGUGUCAACUAACAGCUCUAACAACCCCAAACUAUCCUCCAACUACAACCUCUCUUCAAUAUCCAACACCAAAACCAGCACAAGACCAAGGUUUGCAUCACUGUCACAGCCAAAGUCCAAACGACUCUCCAAUGCAAAGGUAGUAUCUGAUCCCAAGAUCCAGUCUGAGCCAUCUCCUUUGUCCAGCCUUAAGGUUUCCUCACUCUCCAGUCCCAAGCCAAAGUCAAACACAUCUGGCACUAUGAACCCUAACUCUAACUCUAAUGCCAGACCUGCUUCACAGUACAAUCUUAAAUCCCAUUCCAAACCAAGACCUUCUUCACAAAUCAAUCCGAAUGCCAGUCCCAACCCUAAGCUCUCCAACCCAAACUCCAGGAUCUCAGUCAGACCACAGAGGAACCAGACCAAGGUUUUGGAUACAGAGAAAGAUUCCCACCAUCGGCCGAAGAGAGGCUGGAUUUGGAACCAAUUCUUUGUCCUAGAGGAACAUAUCGGGCCUGAACCUCAAUACGUCGGAAAGCUCCACUCAAACUCCGACAAGGGUGAUGGCUCUGUGCGCUACAUCCUGUCUGGCGAGGGAGCCGGUUCUAUCUUCAUCAUUGACGAGGCAACAGGCGACAUCCAUGCAGCAAAGAGCCUUGACCGCGAGACCAAGUCCCAGUAUGUACUCCAUGCCAGGGCCAUUGACCGAUGGACCAAUCGCUCACUGGAGGCCGAGUCAGAGUUCAUUAUCAAGGUGCAGGAUGUCAAUGACAAUGCCCCAACCUUCCCAAAUGGACCCUUCUCAGCCACGGUACCUGAGAUGGCUGAUGUUGGAACUUCAGUGUUCCAGGUGACAGCGUCUGAUGCGGAUGACCCCACCUAUGGGAACAGUGCAAAGAUCGUCUACAGCAUCCUGGAGGGACAACCUUACUUCUCUGUUGACCCCAAAAGUGGCAUCAUCCGUACAGCUUUGUCCAACAUGGACCGUGAGUCCAGGGAUCGCUACACUGUGUUGAUCCAGGCCAAAGACAUGGCUGGAUCAGUAGGAGGACUCUCUGGAUCCACCACCAUCAACAUCACCCUUACUGACGUCAAUGACAACCCUCCCAAGUUUUCUCAGAAGAGCUAUCAGCUGUAUGUCCCGGAGUCGGCUCCAGUGGGGAAGGCGGUGGGUCGGAUCAGAGCUAACGAUGAAGAUGAGAAGGAGAACGCUGAGAUGACCUAUGCCAUCACAAACGCUGACGCAGCUGCCAUCUUUUCCAUCACCACCGACAGUGAUCUCAAGGAAGGCAUCAUUUCCCUCAAGCAGCCUCUUAACUAUGAGAAGAGGAAAGCCCACACACUCCAUAUCGAGGGUGCCAACAUUCACCCAGACUCCCGCUUCUCUCACCUGGGGCCGUUUAAAGAUGCCACGUCACUGCGAGUCAUUGUGGGUGAUGUGGACGAGCCUCCUGUUUUCUCCAUGGACUACUACAUCAUGGAUGUCUAUGAGAACUCACCCACUGGCACCCAGGUUGGCACGGUAACCGCUGUGGACCCUGAUAGCACCAACAGUGCAGUCAGGUACUUCAUAGAGAAUGAAGAUGAGAAACCUUUGUAUUUCACCAUUGGUGUGAGCAGCGGCAUCAUCAGGACGACUCAGGUUUUGGACAGGGAGGAGAUGGCGUGGCAUAAUAUCACUGUGAUGGCUGCAGAGGUUGACAAUCCACGUUUGGUGAGCCACGUCCCUGUGACUAUUCAGGUACUGGACGUCAAUGACAACACUCCAUCCAUCGCUGGGGGCAACGAUGAUGUCAUAGUGUGUGAGAGCACCAAAAAUGGCCAGGUUAUUCAGACCAUCAGAGCAGCAGAUCUCGACAACUUUGCUAAUGGAAAGUUCUCCUUUUCUCUCCCCGCUGAGCAUUCCUUUAAUCCCAACUUCACUCUGAAAGACAAUGGAGACAACACUGCCAGUAUCAUAUCUCGGCGGCGUGGUGGCUUCAGCCAGGACCAGGGGCCCUUCAGCCUGGUGUUGGUGGUGGCUGACGGCGGGGAGCCUCCUCUCAGCAGCACCGCCACACUGACCCUCAGGGUGUGCGUCUGCCAGAGGAACAGCAGGGGGCGCAACAGCAACAACGUCUGCCAAGCCCAGGCCUUCCUGUCCUCAGCCGGCCUCAGCACUGGAGCGUUUGUAGCCAUACUGCUGUGUAUUGUCAUAUUAUUAGCCAUAGUGAUGCUGUUUGCCCAGCUCCGCACGAAGAAGGCCAGUAAGGAGCCCUUGAUUCUCUCUGAAGAGGACAUCAGGGAGAAUGUUGUGACUUACGACGACGAGGGAGGUGGCGAGGAGGACACGGAGGCCUUUGACAUCGCCGCCCUCCGAAACCCCACCGUCUCCGAACCUCUCAGGAAGUUCCACACCUACCACGGCCGCCGGCGAAGCCAGUACAGAGAGGAGGACGAGCUGGAGGAGGAUGAGAUGGUGGUGGUGAGGAGGAGAAAAGCGAGGGAGGGCGAUUACCAAAACUACAGCCCGGAGUCUGAGCCGGCGUGGUUUGUGAUUGACUGUGUCCCUCGGGAGAUAAGCCAGUCAGCACCCUCGCUGCUGGACGGCCAUGAGAUCAUCCAUCAGGUGAUCCAGCGGAAAGUGGCCGAGGCGGACUCUGACACAAGGGGCCCACCCUACGACUCACUUCAGACGUACGCCUAUGAAGGCCGUGGGUCCUUGGCGGGCUCGGUCAGCUCUCUGGGGCUCACUGCCACAGUGCCUGAACUGAACUAUGCUGACCUGGAGGACUGGGAGCUGGAGAGCCAGGCUCUAGAGCGACUCUUUGGAGAGCACCUCGCUGCUGGCCAAGUUAACCGCGACUCCUAAAGACGAUCAUCAAAGUGACUUUUUUUCUUUCUGGACUGGGAUGGGUUAACUGGAUUGCUUUUACUCCUGCCAUCUUGACUCUCCAAACUAAAUUAAACCGAAGACUUUUCAGUUGGAACGGCGCAAAAUUAUUGCCGCCGAGUGCCGGCAGUUGAGAACCAUGACAUCAAGUGAAAUCAGAGGAUAAGAAAAGCCAUUUAUGUGUAACAGGGGAGAAACACACACACACACACACACACGCACACUAACAGGGGACUGAAAAGAGACAGGCUAACACAAGUUUUAGCAGGUUGAGAAAAGCUUUUGCAGAAAUGGGGGGACAAAAUGGAGGCUGAAGUGUGACUUGCACUUCAAAAUGUUUGGUCCAUUUGCAGCGGGCUCUGUCCUUACUCUGCUUGUUAGAUGUCUUCGUGAAAAAGGUUCAGUAAUGACCAAAUGGAUUCAGAGAUCUGCAUUAGUCUCUUUUUAUUGCUGAGGGUCUGAAAAUGCAAUCCAGUGUGGUUGUCUAGCCCUGCUGCUAGCCAUUGAAGAAGAACACACACACAG